AUGGGGUCCAGCAGGCUCAUUGCACUGGAGGAAAGCCGUAAGCUUCCACAGUAUAUGAUGAUAGCGUUAAUUGCAGUGUUGACUGCUGUUGAGGCUGCAUGGAUGACCAUAUUGAAGCCAGGGUGGCUGGUGGCAGUCCUUGCUGAAACUGCGUCAACAGAGCAAUCAUCCUACGAGCAGUCUGCUCUGUCACCAGAUCCUUACCAGCACAUAGAACCCACAGAAAAAGCAAUUUCGUGUUUCAAGAUGGCAGUGGUUGAAGGGACACCCGAAAGACCAAGAUUAUGUGUUUUCCGUUCCAACAAGCAUAUUUAUGUUCAAGUCAUUGAUGACUCCAAGAUGCACACACUGGCUUCAGCUUCAACGAUGCAGAAACCAAUCUCUGAGGAAUUCGACUACUCUGCUGGUCCCACUGCAGAAGUGGCAAAGAAAGUAGAAGUUAUAGCUAAGGCCUGUCUAGAGAAAGGGAAUACUAAAGUAGCCUUUGAUCGCGGAGGUUAUCCUUACCAUGGACGGAUUGAAGCUCUCGCUGAAGCUGCACGAGAAAAUGGCCUUCAUUUUUAGAAAGUGGUUUCUUUGUUCUUAUUUUUUGCUGUGCAAAUGACCUUUCUUAAUCUUCCUAUUUGUUCCAGUUUGUAAAACUCAUGUCUAAGAAUAGAUAAUCUGGAGCUUUAAGUGUAUGAGAUCUGCAAUUCUUUUGGCUUUAUGGCUCCUUAGAAUCAGAACUUGGAUUCCUUUGUACUUCAACUUUGGCUUUAGUUGUUGCUGUCUGAUUUAGAGAAACUUA